CAUAUACCUGAGGUAGAUCGUCAUCAAACAUGUUCGGGAAAAGCAUCUUAACGCUCUCGGUCCUGGCGUUGGCCACCGCCCAGAUUCCCAGUCUGGGCUUCUGUCCAGAAUACAUUCCCAUGGCGAACUUCGAUAUGGAAAGGUUCUUGGGCACUUGGUACGAGGCCGAGAAAUACUUCCAGCUUAGCGAGGUGGUUUCUCGGUGCGUCAUGGCAAAUUACACCAAGACCAUUGAUGGCAAAUAUCGCGUGAGCAAUCAAGUUACCAAUCGUUUAACCGGUGUAAAGAGGAUAUUGGACGGCGAAAUCAAGCCCGCAGCUUCCAAGGCCGAUGAAGGUAAACUUCAGGUUAAAUACACAAUCCCGUUAACUCCCGAGACCAAAUAUUCGGUGCUCGAGACCGAUUACGAUACGUACGCCGUUUUGUGGAGCUGCCAGAACCUUGGUCUGGCCCACACCCAAAACGCGUGGAUCAUGACGAGGCAACGAAUACCACCCGGAGAAGUACUUCAAAAGGCCUAUGGCGUUCUUGACAAGUACCAAAUACCGAAGACCUUCUUUGUGAGAACCGAUCAAACGGAAUGCUCUUUUUUGGAGGCGCCGCCGUCAAAUCAAUCGGCUGAGAAUCACAAUACAAGAUCCGCCGUCACUUUGAAGGACGACGCCGAUGCCGAGCCGAAGAAACCAGAGGCUUCGAACGCGUCCUCCGAUAACUCGGAGAUAAUUCCGGAGAAGAAGAAACCGUUAAAUACCGUUCCAGAACAGAUUCUGAAAGUCGCUGAGGCGACAAAACAGGAGAGCAAUGACGGCAAGGACGAAAAGAUCGAGGAGCAGAACGCCGCGGAAAGCGCGAAAGAGGAAAAUAGCGAACUUCCGAAGGAAGCGGAAAAGACUGCUUAGAAAUAUCGAAGAAGAUGUGUGCGUGUGUGAAUUGACGCUACACAAAGGGCAUUUUCAUAUUCAACGUCUCUCAGGCGUCUCGUAGCGGUUCCUCGAAGAACCAGUCUCGCUUAAGUAUCGUACGAUCAUUAUUUAUUGUCCCGUAGACGCGUCGUCGUCGCAGCUUGAGAAAAUAUAUAGAGUUGGCGCGGCGCUUUGUCCUAUGGAUAUGGUUUUUACAAAUGUAUUUUAAAAAAUGUAAAAAAAAAAAAAAAA